UUCGAGAUGUUCAGUCUUAAAGUUCAUUUGUGCCGAGAAACAACAUCACGUCUACUGCGCACGUGAAGGAAAUAUAGGAAUUGAAUCGCCUCUGGCUAUGUUUAUUUUUUUAUUGGUUUCGCCAAUAAUUUUGUGCUCUUUUUGUUGAUUUUCAAUCUCAAAGCGAUGACCGUCCCAAUUUAUUUUAUAACGGGACUACUUCUCACGUCAUGGAUCUCUCACAUCGUCAUUCCGACUCACGCUGCUCCUAAUUCUUUACGGAGCCCUCAGCAAUUGAACUUACCCGCUGUGCCUAAAGAACUUAUUAAAGAUAGCUGGAGCACAGACAAAAAUGUCGAGAAAACUUCCGUUCGCAAAUCAACUGAAGGCGCCAAAUUCAAAGAAAAAGAGUUGCGACUUAUUGAAUCGGUGAUCGGCAUUGGCAUCGACAAGCUUGCCGAUGUACUGACAGGAGUUUCCAAUGUUUUAAACUCCAGAUCUAAUAUUGAAGCCGUUGACAAAUUCAUGGCAGCUUUUACCUCACUUUUCAACUCAACAGGAGGGAAUAAUUUAUAUGUUUAUUACUACAUUUUUUCCAACUUUUGGGUCGUUUUCGACGCCAUGGCAAUGAUAUUUCGAGUGUGGGAAGAUCGAUUCAAAGAAAGGCAAGCCAACGUCGAGGCUCUACAAACUCAACAAGAAUCCGAUAGUCAAAUUUUAGAGACGUUGGAAGCUCUGAGUGAAGCCAAUGCUAGACUAACUUUAUUAAAAGACAGUCUGAACAGUUUAGUACGUCGUAAAGACAUUCAAAGAAAGGGACUUGCUGCACUGAAGCAAGGUUUUGAGAAGAAAACAAUUUACUUACACUCGGGACUUGAUGUGAUGGACGACGACAGCGUUGAUGAAGAGAAUGAAGAGGAAGAAGAUGAAGACGAGGGACCGGUGGAUGAAGAUGGAACGGAAGACGCCAAUUCCUCACAGGAAGAUACUGGUACUCCAAGUGACAAUAACAGACAGGACACGAAUCCCAGUAUUUUAGUCAAUCAGGAAUUUGGUGAAAAUGAUAUCCCGGAAUAAACACAAACUUUAAUUACUACUUACCUUGUGGACAAAUUUGUAAUGGUGACAACUAUUUAUUGUAAAAACGAAAAUUUAUCUAAUGCUGAUGUUCUUAAAUGCCGUGUUUUAUUUAUUAUGUAAUUGCGCGAAAUAUUUUUUAUUUAUUUUAUUUCAGUGUUUGAAUGACCCACAUUGCCAAUAAAUGAUUGCAACACCAUUUUCAUUUAGAGAAGAAAGAAUUUGCUGCCAUCUAGGAAUAAAUAAAAAAACAAGAAGGGAAAAUCAAGGCUUUAAGAAUUUGCCACCAGAGGGACUUGCAGACGGAACUCGAAAGUCGAAACUCGAAAGUGAAAAACAUCAAGUCAGCAAGCAACUCACGCAGUUGGCAGAAUGGGCUUAAAAAUAAACAGUUAAGCAACGACAGUAAGACUUCCUAUGUGCCUACGCAGAACAGUGUUGGAAAUUCUUCUGCCUUUGUGUUAGAUAAUUCUCAUAAGGAGUAAAAAAAUCAAAUCCGUUCGCAAAAAGUUUUCUGUUUCCAGUUUGUGUUAUCCACUAGCAGCCUAUCCGUUCCCUAUCCACGUGAUUGAGAGAAAGCAGACAAGUCAGGGAAAUGUUAUAAACAGCUUAGGAUUCCCUUGUACUUGUAACUAUCGGCGCAGAAGUGAGGCAAUGGUUGUGUCACCUGCCUUGGUUGAUAUGCAAUCUCGCCAUGCAGAAAAAGAGUGAGUGAUAUUACAAGACAAUUUUGAACUAUGUGUCUUUAUCGGGCCAAGUACCUAAUGAAGUAAACUCAAACAUUCAGUGUCUAUGUCAAGAAACCAGUUACAUCAAUUUGAACAGCAGUUGCUUGCAGUUGGGACCAAGACGAAAUGUGAAAAGGUCCUUUGUCAAGAGACAUUAUCUGUUAGGAGUAGUUGGUUCCCAUAGCCUUUGGACAAAAGAACAUAGAGGCAACAAAAGAUUAUUUCAGAUGGAGGAAUCUGAACCCAAUGUAGAGCCUGAAGAACAGCCAACCGGUGACGAGUUUGAUCGAAGUGGCGUUAAAAAUUAAAAAAAAAAAAAAGAAGAUGAAGAAGUCUUUGAAACACAACAGUCGCCGGAGAAAACCUUCACUUCAAACUACUCCGCAACCAACUCGUCACACUAUCUUCUGAGUGAAAAAUAUAUUGAAGCCAAUAAUAUGAACAUACACAUUUGGGGAAAACCCGAGAAAUCGUGAACCAUUAUACAGAAAACCAUUCGUGACACUUUUGACAGGAAGCAAAAUGGUGUUCAUAGUAAUGCUAAUGUCAUAGUGCGGUCAACAUCAGGUUAGCUAUAAGCAAUACGCGCACCUAAUAUACAGGCCCGUAUAGUGUUUAAGGUAGGAUUGCAGGUAUAUAUAAAAGAAUGAGAAUUAAAAAAAAGGAAGUACACAUUGCAUGACCUAACGUGAACGUAUUACAUAUAAACAAGUUAGUCAAGACAGCGUAGCUGGAGACGAGAGCGAGGGUUCAUGUUGACGUUUUUACAGUCCUUAUAAGGUCGGAUUAAAUUCUGGUAUGGGUUACAAUAUGCAGUAUACGUACAUUAAACAAACUUUUGGUUUUUAGUAAUAAACCCUCUUACCCUUAGUCGUGUACAGCAAUACUGUGUGUGUAACAACUGAUGAUUUUAAUGACUCGUCUGGCCUAGUUAGAAACAAUAAUAAUGAACGAAUCAGAGCUCUCGAUUUUAUCAUCACAAGUCGUUGGGUGAGUUCUUUGCUGUGGUUGCUUUGAUGCAUGUAAUUCAAGAAAAACAUUGUGAAUAUAUAUUUGAAGCAACCCAACCAGGUAGUCGGCUUUUAUAUAGCUGCAGGGUAAAAAAAAACGACAUAUGCAGUGAUCGUAUAAGCACGAUAGAAAAGGUUUUCGAGAUGUUCAGUCUUAAAGUUCAUUUGUGCCGAGAAACAACAUUAUCACGUCUACUGCGGACGUGAGGAAAUAUAAGAAUUGAAUCGCCUCUUGCUAUGGCUAUUUUUUUAUUGGUUUCGCCAAUAAUUUUGUGCUCUUUUUAUUGAUUUUCAAUCUCAACGCGAUGACUGUCCCAAUUUAUUUUAUAACGGGACUACUUCUCACGUCAUGGAUCUCUCACAUCGUCAUUCCGACUCACGCUGCUCCUAAUUCUUUACGGAGCCCUCAGCAAUUGAACUUACCCGCUGUGCCUAAAGAACUUAUUAAAGAUAGCUGGCGCACAGACAAAAGUGUCGAUAAAACGUCAGUUCGCAAAUCAACUGAAGGCGCCAAAUUCAAAGAAAAAGAGUUGCGACUUAUUGAAUCAGUGAUCGGCAUCGGCAUCGACAAGCUUGCCGAUGUACUGACAGGAGUUUCCAAUGUUUUGAACUCCAGAUCUAAUAUUGAUGCCGUUGACAAAUUCAUGGCAGCUUUUACCUCACUUUUCAACUCAACAGGAGGGAAUAAUUUAUAUGUUUAUUACAUCCUUUUUUCCAACUGGUGGGUUGUUUUCGACGCCGCGGCAAUCAUAUUUCGAGUGUGGGAAGAUCGAUUCAGAGAAAGGCAAUCCAACGUCGAGGCCCUACAAACUCAACAAGAAUCCGAUAGUCAAAUUUUAGAGACGUUGGGAGCUCUGAGUGAAGUCAAUGCUAGACUGACUUUAUUAAAAGACAGUCUGAACAGUUUAGUAUGUCGUAAAGACAUUCAAAGAAAGGGACUUGCUGCACUGAAGCAAGGUUUUGAGAAGAAAACAAUUUACUUACACUCGGGACUUGAUGUGAUGGACGACGACAGCGUUGAUGAAGAGAAUGAAGAGGAAGAAGAUGAAGACGAGGGACCGGUGGAUGAAGAUGGAACGGAAGACGCCAAUUCCUCACAGGAAGAUACUGGUACUCCAAGUGACAAUAACAGACAGGACACGAAUCCCAGUAUUUUAGUCAAUCAGGAAUUUGGUAAAAAUGAUAUCCCGGAAUAAACACAAACUUUAAUUACUACUUACCUUGUGGACAAAUUUGUAAUGGUGACAACUAUUUAUUGUAAAAACGAAAAUUUAUCUAAUGCUGAUGUUCUUAAA